AUGCAUCACUGCAAAGCUCUACGAACUGCACAGAACACUGUUGGAGGUGAGCUUCCCUCCCUCCAGGACAAGGGAGUGUGUGAGGAAACUUCCCUUCCUACAGGUGUGUGUGAGGAAAGCACGGAGAAUCCAGACACCCGAGCCAUGGACUGCUCUCACCGUUACCAUCAGGCAGAGGUUAUCGUAGAACCCGCACCAGCAGACUGGACUCAUACCAGUGUGUUUGCUGUUGACAGAGUGUUUGUGAUGAAGGGAGAUUCAGUCACUCUAAACACUGGUGUUCAAACAAACCAACAAGACCUGAUUAGUUGGUAUUAUAAUGACAUUCGCAUCGCUCUCAUCAAUGGAGAUCUCAGUUAUACAUGUGUGUCUGGUGUUGAUACAGAAGAAGUGAUGGAGGAAGAUUCAGUCACUCUAAACACUGGUGUUCAAACAAACCAACAAGAGGAUAUUAGAUGGUAUUUUAAUGGAACUCUCAUCGCUCGCAUCACUGGAGAUCUCAGUUAUAUCUGUCCAGAUGUUCAGUGUAAUGAAGAUACUGAGAGAUUCAGAGACAGACUGAAGCUGGAUCAUCAGACUGGAUCUCUGACCAUCAUGAACACCACAACUGAAGACUCUGGAGAAUAUAAACUACUGAUCAGCAACAGCAGAAGAUUCAGUGUGAAGAUCUUCAAUGUUUCUGUUCAUGGUGAGUCUUCAUGUGUGUCUGGUGUUGAUACAGAAGAAGUGUUAGUGAUGGAGGGAGAUUCAGUCACUCUAAACACUGGUGUUCAAACAAACCAACAAGAAAGAAUUAAAUGGUUUUAUAAUGACAUUCUCAUCGCUCACAUCACUGGAGAUCUCAGUUAUAUCUGUACAGAUGUUCAGUGUAAUGAAGAUACUGAGAGAUUCAGAGGCAGACUGAAGCUGGAUCAUCAGACUGGAUCUCUGACCAUCAUGAACACCACAAACACAGACUCUGGAGAAUAUAAACUAGAGAUCAUCAAAGGCAGCAGCGACAGAGAAAAGAUCUUCAGUGUCUCUAAAGUUGGGGUUGAGGCUGAACGCAAAGAAAAGUUGUCAGUGAUGGAGGGAGAUUCAGUCACUCUAAACACUGGUGUUCAAACAAACCAACAAUACCUGAUUAAAUGGUAUUAUAAUGGCAUUCAUAUCACUCAGAUCAAUAGAGAUCUCAGUUAUAACUGUACAGAUAUUCAGUGUGAUGAAGAUACUGAGAGAUUCAGAGGCAGACUGAAGCUGGACCAUCAGACUGGAUCUCUGACCAUCACAAACAUCACAAACACAGACUCUGGAAUGUAUACACUACUGAUCUUCAGCGACAGCAGAAGAUUAAGUUUAAAGAUCUUGAGUGUUUCUGUUAAUGGAGUGGAGCGCACGGGGGAUCAGGGGACCCACCCUCCGCAGCAGCACAUCAAACUGGGUCCUGUCCAGCCUGAAGUACUGCUGGAACCGGACUUCAUCCAGCCGCAGUUCCUGCACCAGCCGGUGGUACUCGCCGUGCUGUCUCCGAGCCCGAAUGGUCUCGUGAACCCAGAUAGACCGGCGUUUGCGCUUAUGCCGUAG